UCCUCCCGCGCGCUCCGCCGCGGCGCCGGCCCCAUGAGCCCGCGGCCCCCCGGCGCCCGGGCCGCUCGCAGCCCCUGACCCGACCUGCCCUCGCCAUGUCCGAGGCCGCCUCCGGCUCCGGGGCCGCGUCCCUGGAGGGCGAGCGCGGCAAGAGGCCCCCGCCGGAGGGCGAGCCCGCGGCCCCGGCGUCCGGAGUUCUGGAUAAGCUUUUCGGGAAGCGGCUCCUGCAGGCCGGUCGCUACCUGGUGUCCCACAAGGCAUGGAUGAAGACGGUGCCUACAGAGAACUGCGACGUGCUGGUGACAUUCCCAGACACGACCGAUGACCACACGCUGCUCUGGCUGCUGAACCACAUCCGCGUGGGCAUCCCCGAGCUCAUCGUGCAAGUCCGCCACCACCGCCACACGCGGGCCUACGCCUUCUUCGUCACCGCCACGUACGAGAGGCGAGUGUCCCGGCCUGCUCCGAGGGGUCCGACUGAGCGGGGGCGCCUGGCGCAACCGGCCGUCAAGGCCGAGUUCGGCGGCGGCACCCGCGGGCUUCUGCCCUCACAGGACUUCAUCUACGAGAACGUGGAGAGCGAGCUGCGCUUCUUCACCUCCCAGGAACGUCAGAGCAUCAUCCGCUUCUGGCUGCAGAACCUGCGUGCCAAGCAGGGCGAGGCGCUCCACAACUCGUCUGAGACACAAUCAGUGAAGCAAGGCGGCAGGCGGCGCCUCCAAUCCACAGGCAGACCGCAGGCUGGGCGGGCCCACGUUUGGGGCCACAAACUGAGCGCCAGAACAGCUGUUAAUUUAAAAGCCAACAGUUUUCGGAGUGGCGCCCUGGCCGCCCGAGCCGAAUCUUGCCCCCGCCUGCCCCUAAACCUCCCAAAUUCUGGAGGAGGAUCGGAUGUUCCGUCCUGGCGGGACUCCUCUCCUGGGAAGAGCCUCUGUGCGCUUAAGAGCAGGCAAAGAGCCGUGACUUGGUUUCAGACAGUGGGGGGCUGGUCGGGCUGGGGUCGGGGUGGAGGAGCCGGGGUCACCUGUGCUCGUCCCCCUACAGUCCCCGAGCUGGUGGCCCGCGGGAUCAUCCAGCAGGUGUUCCCGGUCCACGAGCAGCGCAUCCUGAACCGCCUCAUGAAGUCAUGGGUGCAGGCCGUGUGUGAAAACCAGCCUCUAGAUGACAUCUGCGACUACUUCGGCGUGAAGAUCGCCAUGUACUUCGCCUGGCUGGGCUUCUACACGUCCGCGAUGGUGUACCCAGCUGUCUUUGGCUCCGUCCUGUACACGUUCACGGAGGCCGAUCAGACAAGCCGGGACGUGUCCUGCGUGGUCUUCGCUCUCUUCAAUGUGAUCUGGUCGACGCUGUUCUUAGAGGAAUGGAAGCGGCGGGGUGCCGAGCUAGCCUACAAGUGGGGGACUCUGGACUCCCCCGGGGAAGCCGUGGAGGAGCCACGCCCCCAGUUCAGGGGCGUGCGACGCAUCAGCCCCGUGACGCGAGCCGAGGAGUUCUACUACCCGCCCUGGAAGCGGCUGCUCUUCCAGCUGCUCGUCAGCUUCCCGCUGUGCCUGGCGAGCCUGGCCUGCGUCUUCCUGCUCAUGCUCGGCUGCUUCCAGCUGCAGGAGCUGGUGCUCAGCGUCAAGGGGCUGCCCCGCCUGGCCCGCUUCCUGCCCAAGGUGGUGCUGGCCCUGCUUGUCAGCGCGAGCGCCGAGGGCUACAAGAAGCUCGCUGUCUGGCUCAACGACAUGGAGAACUACCGGCUGGAGAGCGCCUAUGAGAAACACCUCAUCAUCAAGGUCGUCCUGUUCCAGUUUGUCAACUCCUACCUGAGCCUCUUCUACAUCGGCUUCUACCUCAAGGACAUGGAGCGCCUGAAAGAGAUGCUGGCCACGCUGCUGAUCACCCGCCAGUUCCUCCAGAACGUGCGAGAGGUCCUGCAGCCGCACCUGUACCGGCGGCUGAGCCGCGGCGAGCUGGGCGCGCGCGCCGUCUGGGAGCUGGCCCGUGCCCUGCUCGGCCUGCUGAGCCCGCGACGCCCCGCGCCCCGCCGCCUAGAGCCGCAGGCUGAGGAGGGCGGUGGCAGCGGCGCUGCGGGAGGCCGCAGGUGUCUCAGCGGGGGCUGCGGGGCGCCCGAGGAGGAAGAGGAGGCGGCGGCCACGGUGGAGAGGCGGCCGGCAGGGGAAGGCGGGGAGGCGGGGGACGGGCCUCGGGGGCGCAAGGAGGAGGAAGAGGAGGAGGAGGAAGAAGAAGACGAUGAGGAAGAGGAGGAGGAGGAGGAGGAAGAGGGCGAGGAAGGCGGCCUCCUGGACUGCGGGCUCCGGCUGAAGAAGGUCAGCUUCGCCGCGCGCGGUGCUGGGCCGCGCCGGCCGGGCCCGAGCCCGGAGGCCCUCUUGGAGGAGGGGAGCCCCACCAUGGUGGAGAAGGGGCUGGAGCCCGGUGUGUUCACGCUGGCCGAGGAAGACGACGAGGCGGAGGGGGCCCCCAGCAGCCCUGAGCGGGAGCCCCCAGCCAUCCUGCUCCGCCGGGCGGGAGGCGAGGGCCGAGACCAGGGACCCGACGGUGGCCCGGACUCGGAGCCCAGCUCCAGCGGCGACUCCACCCGGAGGCAGCGGCGGCAGAACCGGUCGUCUUGGAUCGACCCUCCUGAGGAGGAGCACUCGCCCCAGCUCACCCAGGCCGAGCUGGAGAGCUGCAUGAAGAAGUAUGAGGACACGUUCCAGGACUACCAGGAGAUGUUCGUGCAGUUCGGCUACGUCGUGCUCUUCUCGUCCGCCUUCCCCCUGGCCGCGCUGUGCGCCCUGGUCAACAACCUCAUCGAGAUCCGCAGCGACGCCUUCAAGCUGUGCACGGGGCUGCAGCGGCCCUUCGGCCAGCGCGUGGAGAGCAUCGGCCAGUGGCAGAAGGUGAUGGAGGCCAUGGGCGUCCUGGCGAUCGUGGUCAACUGCUACCUGAUCGGCCAGUGUGGGCAGCUGCAGCGCCUGUUCCCCUGGCUGAGCCCGGAGGCGGCCAUCGUGUCCGUGGUGGUGCUCGAGCACUUCGCUCUGCUCCUCAAGUACCUCAUCCACGUGGCCAUCCCCGACAUCCCGGGCUGGGUGGCCGAGGAGAUGGCCAAGCUGGAAUACCAGCGCCGCGAGGCCUUCAAGAGACACGAGCGCCAGGCCCAGCACCGCUACCAGCAGCAGCAGCGGCGGCGGCGGGAGGCGGAGGAGCGCCAGCGCCACGCCGAGCACCACGCCCGGCGGGAACGCGACGCCAGCGGCCGGGAGGAGGCCAGGGCGGAGGGCUCCGGGCUGGACCCCGCCGCCUCCGAGAAGGCCCCCGCCAAGGCCAAGGGCUGCGGGGCGGGCGGCCACGCGCCCGACAGGCCCAAGCGCCCCGGGUCCCUGCUGGCGCCCAACAACGUCAUGAAGCUGAAGCAGAUCAUCCCGCUCCAGGGCAAGUUCCUGUCCUCGGGGGCCGCGUCCUCGCUGGCGGCGGCGGCUGCGGGCUCCGGCGCCUGCCCCCGGCCGCCUCCCGCGCAGUCGCCCACGGGCAGCGACACCCGGCUGCCAGCCUUCCUCAGCUUCAAGUUCCUCAAGUCUCCCGAGACGCGGCGGGACUCGGAGCGCAGCCACUCGCCACCCAAGGCCUUCCACGCCGGCAAGCUCUUCCCCUUUGGCGGGGCCCGGGCUGAGGCCGGGUCCAACGGGGCGGGCGGGCAGGCCCGGCCGGACGCGACCCCCAGCGGUGGCGGCAGCCGGGCCCAGAGGAGUGGGCCCGCGGACGAGGCCGCGGCUGAGGAGCCGGAAGCCCCCCGGCCCGAAGAGGAAGGCUCAGGGACAGCGCUGGCCCCCGUGGGCGCCCCUGCCCUCCGCGCCCGCCGCUGCUGGAGCCCCACGCCGCCGCCACUACCACCGCCGCUGCCGCCAAUGCCGCUGCCCCGGCCGCCGACGCCGCCUGCCGGCUGCUGGCAGUGGGACGGGCCCUGGGGCUGCGGGGGCGAGGGGGCCGCCCUCCGCCAGGCCCCAGCCGCCGAGUGCCCGCCCUGUGCCCUGGUCGGGCCCCCGCCUGCCCUCCAGCCCCUGCCAGGGGACACCAGCUUCUACAGCCUCCUGCCCCCGCCACCGCCGGCCACCUCGGAAGCCCCCGAGGCCCCGGCACCCAGCCCCAGCCCCCAGGCCGUGUGCUGGCCCGGCGGCUGGCAUUAGCCCGCCCGCCUGCCCGCCCAGCCUUCUCUUCUCAUAUGCAAUAUCAGCCCUGCGCCGCGGUGGCGCUGGCAGGCCGGAAAUGCAAGAUGCGCUUUGCCCUCCGACGGCCCCCAGUAUUGGCCGGCACCCCCCCAUCUGCCGUUUUCCUUUCCACCAGUCCGGGGGGGAGCCGAAAGGAAACCCACAAACACGACAGAAAACACACACACACACACACACACAGAAUAGGCGAUUAUUUAUUUGUUUUUAAUUUAUUUUGUCAUAUUUUUGUAAAACGGCAGAAAUGCAAUAAAAAGUAUAUUUCAACAGUGCCUGAGGUCGGAGCGGUGGGAGGUGGGCACCCCUCCCGUCCUGGCACAGGCCCGCUUGACCCUCGGGGGGCCUCCUUCCAAGAACUGGGUCUCGGGGCCACGGAUGGAAAGCUCCAGGCCACGCCGCCUCAGAGCCGGCCCAGAUUCGGGGCCGAGUGCCGCCCUGGCUUCAGCCACCCACUCGAAGGAAGAAAUCCUGAAGUGCUGGAAAGAUCCAGCAGUUUCAGCACAGAGGCUUGUGUCCUGGACAGGCCUCAGCCUCAAACGGGCGGGGGCUGGUUUGUUAAGAGGCAGCACUUUCUGGAAUGCCAGCAGGGUGCCAGGGACGGCAGGAGGAACUUGGGGUGUGCCCGUCAGAAGGCACUGGCACCUGAGGCCACCGUGGGCCCAGAGUUGCAGUGCUGAGAGGGCGGCACACUCGGGGGUCCCCACGACGGACACGGGGCGGUGUUGGGGAGCGGCUGAAACGCCCCACUCAGGGACGGGUGUCAGACCCAAGUCCCUGGGGCGCUUCGCUGUGCGACUCAGGAGCGGGGACGUGGCCCCUCGGACCCUCGUGUCCGUCUGGAAGGCGAGGACAGCCAUGUCCGCAGCCAAAGGCGAAGGGCGCAGAGCCCGACGUGGCCCCGCCACAGGACUCGGCCCGACCAAUAGGCUGGGGGGGGCCAGUGUG